AUGGGGGAUAACAAGCAGAGAACGGUGGCAAUGGCGAGGAUGGAGCUGGAGGAGCUCUACUCCGGCAUCCCCGACGAGUCAGUCAACCUCACCUUCCAGGACAUGGGCAAAGUCGACCAGCAGAAAUCCGGCUCCAUGGACCGGAGCACCGACCGGCGGCGUCCCUCGAAGCCGACCUCCGGUCCCCUCCAGGAGAUGAUGGUCAACAACACCAACAGAGCCGCCGUCGUCGUCCCCUCGAGAAUCCCUUCCCUGAACAAGAUCCCUUCCCUCGAUUUCAACCGGGGCCUCGAGGCCGCCCGCAUCGAGGAGGAGGAGGAGCCCCGCUCCGCGCGGAUGGCGUCGCCGGCGGUGACGGACGUGUCUUACGAUGGGUACAAUAACAACAACAGGAGCUCGAGGCAGUCUAGCCUGAUGGGCUCGCCGCACGGGAUGAUCAGCCCCGCCGCGUCGGGUCGUCAUUAUCAGCAGCAGGGUGGUGGUACGCCGGCGGCGCAUCAUUACGGUGGUUCGCGGCGGCAGCAGCAGUAUCCUAUGUCGCCUUAUGACGUGAGCGGGAUCAGCAUGGCGACGAGCGGCGGGACGCCGGCGUAUGACGUGAUGGGGAAAGGGCGGAGGCCGGGGAUCCCUCAUUCCAACAUCUGUACCGUUUGUUCUACCUACAUCUACAUCUUCAAGAACCGCUGCCUCGUUUGUGGGAGAGUGUACUGCAGGAACUGCGUGGACAUGGGCAUGGGGAAUAUGCCAGAAGGGAGAAAAUGCAUCGAGUGUCAAGGCAGAAGAUUCAGUGCCAGGUACAUAAAGAAAGCAGGGACGACAGGGUGCUGCUCCCGAUACCCGGGGACGAUGAAGCAGGCGGAGCUGAAAUGGGCGGAGAAAGGGCCCAGGAAGAGCGGCGAGAAGGCGUACGGCCAGCAGGGCGGCGGCGGCCACCGUGGCAUGAAGUCAUCGGGGCCGCCGACGCCGAUGUCCCCGUUGACCCCGUCAAGGAACCCGCCGUCGUAUCUCAUGGGAUCCCCUUACUCUCCCUAUUCUUCUUCUCACCACCACCUCCCGCUCUAG